AUGCAGAGCCCCCUUCUAGUCAGCAUUGGAAAAUUCUCACCAUGGGGUACACUGGGGAUGCCUCCGUUAUGCCGGCGUGAUAACGAACCGCAGGAAGCUGAGAGGCAACAGAAGGAUUCAGACACAGCCAAAGAAAGCGAGGACCGCCAGAGAGCGGUGCUGGAGAAAUCCGAACGGGCUAGGGUGGCAAUGGAGGAGGCAGAGCGGCAGCGUGCGAUGGAGGCCCAACGACGAAAAGAAGAGGAGGAGAACCGGCGGGCGGAGCAGCUGAAGCAACAGGAGGCGAACAUGUGUCGGUUCGAGCAGCGAAAGAAGGACGAAGAGAGACGACAGCAAGAACAACGAGAGUCGGAUGCCCAGAAAAAGGAACAAGAGGCCUUCGCAAAGAUGGAGGCGGCAAAGCAAAAGAUGCUACACGACCAGGAGACACGAGACGCGGAGGAAACAGAGCGUCUGAGGCAACAGGCGGUCUUGCAACAAGAGCAACUAGAAAAGCAGGCUGCAGCGAUGGCGAAAUUUGAAGAAGAACAGGCCUUGAAAGGGAUGAGCGAAGAAGACAGAGGAGCUUUCCUGGAGGAAAAGGCCAGAAAAGAAGCCGAAGAGCUGGCGGCUGCUCAGGCCAAGGCCAGAGCAGAGGAAACCAAGGACGAAGCGCCUUGGACGAACAAAGACUCGGGGGCAACCAACUCUGCCGCUAGUGCUGGAAAGUGCUGCGUACUGAUGUGA